GGCACUCAUUUUACACAACCUUAUCUUUAGCUUUUGGAUGUGUGAUCCAGCAUCGACAUUCCCCAUCUAUUAGCAUUUUGCUCGUAUACUAAAGCAGAAAGCAAGCGUUAGUCUUAUUGUUAGAGUCUUAGAGGACAUUUUCAGCUAGCAUGACUAAACAUUUGUGUGAUUAUCUACUCAGAUGACAUUGGAGCAUGUUGAAGAUGGAAUUUAUCAAAAUCAAAGGGAGGGAAGUAUUUGAUGAAGGUUCGUGGGUUGUUGAAGUAGAGUCAAGUUUAGAGAGUGAAAUGACGCCAGCUAAACUCCGUGAUGGCCUCAUUCACACCGUUCCAAGGAUUCUCUUGAAGCAAGACAAUAGGGAGUUCUAUAUUCCUCAAGUCGUCUCCAUCGGUCCUUACCAUUUCCCAGAAAAAGAUGCACUGGAUGAUGACAUGAAGCUUCUCAAGUCAGAAGUGGCAAAAAAAAUGCACCGCAAAAUCAUCUGGAAAUAUGGCUUAAAACCGGUGAUGGAAAAGUUUAUGGAAAAAGAGGUCCAAGACAAAAUAAAGGAAAGCUAUGCUAAAGAAAUCAAACUUAGCAGUGAAGUGUGUGCGUGGAUGAUAGUGAGGGAUGCCUGUUUUCUUCUAGAAGUCCUGGACAGAUUUGGAAAAGAUGAAGAUCAAGAGAAAAGCGAGCCGGGUUUCAUCGAUAGUAUUCUUAGCAGGAAACGACAUCAUCGUCUGUUGACAGAAAUUGUGAAAGAUAUGAUGGAAAAUCAACUACCACUCUGGAUUUUGGAGGAAGUCAGGCUUGAUUUUCUAGGGUCAAAGGCUGAUGGCUGUUUUGAGUCGGCUGUGAAAUCAAAUGAUGAUCACUGGUUUGAAAUGGCACUAAAACAUUUAUCUCCUAUCAAAGUAUCAGAAGGUAGGAAGCGAGAUUUCAAGAAAGAAUCUCAUAUCUUGCAAUUGUUUCAUGACUACAUUGUUCACACUGUUAGGCAAGACGACGCUUCCUCCAAUUCCCGGUCGGAGAAUCUCAUAUCUUGCAAUUGGCUUAUGAAUAUUUUUUGCAAGAUAAAAAGUACAACAGAGAAUAUUCUUUGCAAGAUGAAAAAGACAACAGAGAAUUUUCAUUGCAAGAUUAAAGAAUUAUUCUCUUCUUUAAUCCCUCACACAACUAUAUCCAGAAGCACUUGUAUAAAAUGGGUAUUUGCACUUCUUUUAUCUCCCGUUUUUGUCAUGUUGUUCAUUUUAGGUGUCAUAUUUUUGGUUUUGCUAUAUAUUAUUAAGAAGCUUAUAUUUGACACUCUGUACUCUCUUACGAGCUGCCUAUCCCGUAGAGAAGAGGGGACAGAAAAACAUGUUCCAUCUAUACAAGUGCUAAAAAGGGGAGGAAUGAAAUUCAAGAAACUGGAGGGUGCAAUUAGUCAAAUUAAGUUCAACGAGAGCAAUUCCACACUGUAUUUGCCCCAGUUCAAAGUAGAUGACAGAUCGGAGGUGAUACUCAGGAACCUGAUUGCCCUGGAAAUCUGCUCGCACGAAGAGCAGAAACCCAUUACAAGGUAUGCCAUUCUAAUGAACGACCUGGUUGACACAAGUCGGGACGUGGAAAUCUUGAGACUUGAGGACAGCAUCACCGGCAAGCUUGGAACUGACCAUGAGAUCACUAAGCUUUGGAAUUCUAUGCUGUCGCCCACAGAAAUUCCCAGGUACGAUUCUAUUGAUGAAGCUGUUAAGUCCAUAAAUCAUUACCACAAAAAGUGGCAGAAAGGUCUGGCUUUUCUUAGACAUCGUCGUCUAUUGGGUGACUUUUUGGGGCUGCUGUUAGAGUUUAUCUGGACUUACGGUUCAAAGCCAUGGUGGUUUUUCUCUGGUUUGAUCGUACUUGUAAUUUUUGUGUUAACCGCUGUUCAAGUAGUUUGCCUUUUUAAAUCUUGCCAAUACAAAUAGACACUAAGUCUUC